CCAAUCAAAUGGCGAGAAAGCCUCGCUCAUGCUCCAUUUCGGAUGUGAAUCACUUCUAUAAGGAUCUGAACUUGAACUCCAUCCUUCUCUGUGCCUACCCUCCUGCAAGAUAAAGACGCGCAUCUCCCCUUCUGCACAAAGAAGACUUUAACGAGAUCCAGCACCAUGUCCAUCCUGAAGAUCCACGCUCGGGAGAUCUUUGACUCCCGCGGGAACCCCACCGUGGAAGUCGAUCUCUACACCAAAAAAGGUCUGUUCAGGGCUGCCGUGCCCAGCGGCGCCUCCACUGGCAUCUACGAGGCUCUGGAGCUCCGUGACAACGACAAGUCCCGUUACCUGGGCAAAGGUGUCUCAAAAGCUGUUGAUCAUAUCAAUAAAACAAUUGCACCUGGCCUGGUUCGCCAGAACGUGUCAGUCUUGGAGCAGGAGAAGAUCGACAAGCUGAUGCUGGACAUGGACGGCACAGAGAAUAAGUCCAAGUUCGGCGCUAACGCCAUCCUGGGCGUCUCCCUGGCGGUGUGCAAGGCCGGUGCCGCCGAGAAAGGCGUCCCACUUUACCGCCACAUUGCCGAUCUCGCCGGAAACCCGGAAGUCAUCCUCCCAGUUCCCGCCUUUAACGUGAUAAACGGAGGCUCCCACGCCGGGAACAAGCUGGCCAUGCAGGAGUUCAUGAUCCUGCCCGUGGGCGCCGGCAGCUUCAAGGACGCCAUGCGCAUCGGCGCCGAGGUCUACCACAACCUGAAGAACGUCAUCAAGGAGAAGUACGGCAAGGACGCCACCAACGUGGGCGACGAGGGCGGCUUCGCCCCCAACAUCCUGGAGAACAAGGAAGCCCUGGAGCUUCUGAAGAACGCCAUCGCCAAGGCCGGCUACACGGACAAGAUCGUGAUCGGCAUGGACGUGGCCGCCUCCGAGUUCUACAAGGACGGGAAGUACGACCUGGACUUCAAGUCCCCCGACAACCCCAGCCGCUACAUCAGCCCCGACCAGCUGGCCGACCUCUACAAGAGCUUCGUCAAGGACUACCCAGUGGUCUCCAUCGAGGACCCCUUUGACCAGGACGACUGGGCCGCCUGGUCCAAGUUCACGGCCAGCACCAGCAUCCAGGUGGUGGGCGACGACCUGACGGUGACCAAUCCCAAGCGCAUCGAGAAGGCCGUGUCCGUCAAGGCCUGCAACUGCCUGCUGCUGAAGGUCAACCAGAUCGGCUCCGUGACCGAGUCCCUGCAGGCCUGUAAGAUGGCGCAGUCCAGCGGCUGGGGUGUGAUGGUCAGCCACCGCUCAGGAGAGACUGAGGACACCUUCAUCGCCGACCUGGUGGUGGGACUCUGCACUGGCCAGAUCAAGACCGGAGCACCUUGCCGAUCAGAGCGUCUGGCCAAGUACAAUCAGCUUCUCAGGAUUGAGGAAGAGCUGGGAGACAAGGCUCGCUUCGCUGGCAGAAACUUCCGGAACCCUCUCAACUGAAGCGGGGGGUCCUGAAGGCCUUCACGCUAGCCACACCCGGUCGCUUGUACUAGACAGAAAGGCACUCGGAAUGGCAUUGAAAGCAUCCUAAUCUAGGCUAUCGCCGCCUUCGUGUAACCUACUGCCCCCUAGGCUUUUGGCUUGUCAAUAACACUGUGUUUUUGCAUCGUGUGCCAGGUCCCCGUUUGUUUGAUCGUUCUGUUUCUCUCCUCGUCGUACUUGAGAUGUAGUGAAUCCCGUUUUUGUGUCAGACCUAAGUCAGCUAUAGCUAUAGAUAGCACUGAGAAUAAACGCAAUGUGUUGCCUUUCUGACAAGUUGCACCAUUACUUGUAUGUGUGGCAUAACCAUGAAAUAAACAAUCCUCGAUUAAAAA